AUGUUUAUUAAAAAGGUCCGGAUUGAAAAUAAAGAAGAUGACGCAUACAUUGUAAAAAACCUAUACAGUGAAAAUGAGAUUAAAAAAGUUGCGCAGGAUUACUUAAAGGAGGAAAUAAAAAACCUAAAUAUCUAUGAAAAUGUUCGAUAUUCAAAUGUUCGGAUCCUAUUAUCUUUAAUUCUGAUAAUGAUUGGAGGAUAUUGUUGCAUUUUUGUCAAUCAGAAAAAUGAGCCAAUACUUAUGAUGGAUUUUCUGGGUGCCUUUUUUUCUGUAUCAAUAUUAUUAUACCUUUGGGAAUAUUUUUAUUUUGAGGACUAUUUUAUGAUAAUAAAAACGAAUAAUAAUAAAACAUUAAAACUAUACUUAAAAUUGGAUAUCAAUACAAACUGCCUUAGUUUAAAUUACAAAUUAAAUAAAGUAGUAUAUUCAACACCUUUUGAAUUGAUGAAAUUAUAUAAUGAAAGAGGGUACCUUAUGAAGGAUUAUGCGCGUCAUAUAUUAAAGCAAUUUAUUUCAAAUCAUGGAAAGAGUUUUAAAUUAGCAGAUAAAAAAUAA